CUGAGAUGAAGAUGUGGAGUGAAAAUGAAGAACCUGAAGAAUCUCUGAAGGUUCUGGAUCCUGAUGAUCCUUUAAUGAAACGUUUUCAAGAUGCACUGAGAAAUCAUCUUUUGAAAAUAUCCAACAAAGAAGUUAACAAAAAACGUGAACAAAAAGGCCUUGAAAUGUAUGACAUUCAACAAGCCGUAUCUCGACAACAAACAUCAAUAGAAAAAUAUAAAACAUGUUUGGAAGAUAGUAAAAAAAGUCGUGAAGAAAAAGAAGUUCGUUUGGCAGAAUUAAAAGAAAUUCGUAAUAAAGUACGUGAAGAAGUGGAGAAAGAAAGGAAAGAAGCUGAAGAAAUGAAUCGAGAGAUGGAAAGUACAUCAUCUUUAUGUAGAAGAUUUUCUGAAUAUAAAGACGAAAUUUUCAACCAUCUUGCUGUUGCUAAAAGAAUGUCAGAGAAAGAUGCAAAAAUUGAGAGAGAAAUGAUCCGUCAAAAACAAGAGGCUGAUUACAUUCUUCUAAAUGUAUCAGAACAAAUUUGGAAACUGGAAAAGGAAAUCGAUGAUUUAAAGCAGCAAACAAAUAUUAAAGAAGAAGAAAAAUUAGCUAUUUGUCAGACAAUCGCUGAUGCUGAUACAGAUCUUGAAGCUCUUCAGAGAGAACGCACUGACUUGGUAGAUGCUUGGAAAAGUGUUGUCAAUAGUAUAUCACAGAGAGAUGAAAUUUACAAUGAUUUAUCACAAGAAAGAAUGAGAAUGCAAGAAUCUUUCAAAACAUUGCAAACAAAGUUAGAAAAACUAAAUAAAGACACUUAUAAAGAAAUGGAGAAUAAUGAAAAACUUACAGCUAUUCAUAUGAGAUUAGAAGAAGAACUAGCAUCAGCUAAAACAUCAACAACUGCUGCCAAAGAUCAGCUCAGUGUUCUUGAAUAUAAAACCAAUGAAAUCGUGAGAUUUGUGAAUCAAACAGAACUUGAAUAUACUAAUGUUUCUUCUUUACAUCAACAUUUCAAAAAUAAAGAAAGAGCUACAGAACAAGAGCUUGAUAAAAUAAAAAAUCAGAAAAAUAUUUUAGAAAAUGAAGUAUUAUCCAAGUUGGAAGAUAGAGUGGUUCAAGAUAAAACUAUGAGAAGUCUUACAAAAGUUUUACGAGAAUUUGGUGAAUCAAAUAAACAGCUAGAAUUAUCUAUGUUUCAAGCUGAAAACCAGUAUGGGAAAAAUCUAUUAAAUUUAGAAAGAUUAUCCAAUGAUGUUGCUGUCAAAAAAGAGCAUUUAGAAGAGCUUAUUAAUGCUAAUGCACAACGAGAAAAAGAGUUCAAUGACAUAGUAUCUCAGGUGGAAAAAUAUAAUUUAUUAAUCGAUCGAAAGCAAAAGCAACUAAAUGAAUUAAAUAAUAAAGUUGAAGAACUUAAUCAAUCAACUGGAGGAAUAGAUGUGGCACCAGAAGAUAUUAAAAUUGCAACUUUGGAAAAAAAUAUUGAAGAAGUUGAUCUUCAAAAUCGAGAAGCUCAACGACAAUGGCUAAGAAAAGAGAGUCUUUUAGUACGAUUAACUCAAGAACAAAAUGAUACUAUUGAAGAAAUUAAUCGUUUGAACAAACAAAUCAUGAUAAUGGAGCAGAAAAAUUUGAAAUUGGAAUAUUUAUUAGAAAAUGAAAAACAAUUAGAAAAAAAUAUUGAUAAGCGGAUGAAUAACCUUCAUCAAAGACUCUUGAAAACAAAUGCCAUACUUGCUGAGCAAAAAGAGAUUAAAGAUCAGCUUCAAGACAAAAACUUUUUUACUAAAGAUGAAUUCACUAAGAAGUUACAAGAAGAAGAGGCUGAGUUAAUUAAACUUCAGAAUAAUAUAAGAAAUUUAGGUGAAGAAAAAUGUUUGUUAGAAGAAAAACUUCGUGAUGCGCAUCGAGAAUUUUUUUCAUGGGAAAAGAAGGUGAAACUUGCAGCAGAAACAUCAAAAAUGAUUAAAGAAGAACAGAAUCCUGGAGGAGAAGUAGCGACUAUGAAGAGUGAAAUACACAAAAUGGAAAUUCGUUUAUCACAUCUUAAAAAAGCUCAAGAGAAGAUGAUUAAAGAUAUGGAACACUGUGUGACAAGAAGAGAAAUGAUAAUAGAUGCUGCUCUAGCAAAAGACCAAAAGAAUCCCAAAGGAACUCAUAAUAAACAAGUAUUAUUUGAAAAGAGGAUGGAUGGAAGAAGAAUGAAGAUUAAACAAAUAAUAAAAGAUUGCAAAGCCUUAGAAAAACAAACAACGGAAAUACAAACUCAAAAAUCAAACUUUGAAAAAGACAUAGAAGAGAAUAAGAAACUCUUGAAGAAAUAUGAAGAGGAAUUGGUGGAAAUUGACAAACGAAUUGUAGAUGCUGAACUUAUAAAACAUCAUAAGCUUGAAUGUUUAGUUCGCAAACAACGUAAAAUGAAUUUACUACAAAAAGUGCGAGAUGGAAAGUAUAAAAUGUUUUAUAAAUCUGAAACGAUAUUAAAUGAAGAAUUUGAAAAACAAAAAGUUUUAAAUAAUGAUUUAAUAGAAAUCAUGGAACAAACAAGUCGUGAUUUCCCUCAUCUUAAAGAGAAUGUUCGAAAAAUACUUUUAACAUUACAGUUAGCUCAGUGA